UAAAAAGUGGAAAUCCCAUAGAAGUAAAAUGAACCUCUAGUAGAUAUGUCGUAGGAUUUAAUCUCGGAAUAUAGGCUACCAAUAUAUUCAUUUCAUCAUUUGAAAAAGGUAGAGCUUUAAAGAAUAUCAAAUUUUACGGAUCCCGGACCCAGUUUAAAAUGGAAGGAAAACUUGGGAAACAUCAAUUCAAUUGAAAAGCAUUAGAAGAUUACUAUGGCCUCUUCCUCUUACGCGUCUACAGAGGAGACGACAAAUGCCUGUAGAGCCUGUCGACUUCUCCUGGGUCCAUGUACAGAUGAGUUACGUGAUGUUUUACGUCAUUAUGUACCAGCGUCAACAUUUCCACACGUCAUCAAACGAAAGAGGAGUGAUCUCCCCCGUCUGACAGCUCAACAGAUGAAUCUUAUUUUACCCAGAGGUAGUAGUUAUCCAGGAAACUAUGAUGAUAUGGACAUUUCCUUAUUGUACAUACUACUCAGAAACAUUUGUGGUAUACCACCACACAGCAAUCGCUGGGGAUAUGAUCCAGACCCCACAGAUCGAUCUCUCUCUGCCAACAUUGAGAGAAUCCGUAUUGCCAGAAAUCAGUGUGUACAUUCUUCUAGUCCUGUCCUUUCCAACGCUGAUUUCAACAGGAUCUGGUCCACUGUCAGAUCAGCAGUUGUGGACCUUGAUUCUUUCCUUAGCAAUGGGAACCAGUUUGAAAGAGAGGUGGACUUUUUGAGACAUGAGACAAUGGACCCUGUCCGUGACUGCCAUUACAUAGAAGAACUGAGGAAACAGGCUGAAGAAGAUGCAGAAACUAAAAAAAUGAUUCAAGGACUGAAACGAAAAUUGGAAGAGAAUGAAACUGAGAGAAAUGAGAAUCACAAUAAAAUACUGAAAAUUGUUGAUGAAAUAAGAAAACCAAAUUCUGUAAUCCCUCCAAAUGUCAAAGAUGUUUUUGAAAAAGAUGUCAUACUAUGGAAAGAGGAGGAUGGGGUUUACAGUGAAAGCCACGGUUUCCCUGCAAUGUUGGAUCAAGUCAGAAGUCAACCUUACAUGACAUUUGUUGGUGUCCCAGGAUCUGGAAAAUCGGCAACGAUUCAUCACAUAGCCUUGAUACUCCAGAAGGAAGAGUACGAGGUUGUACCUAUUAUAGAUAUCAGGAAGAUUGAAGAUUAUUCUGACUCUCGUCAUCCACAGGUUUUUGUCAUUGAUGAUGUGGUAGGUGUUUUAGGUCUGCAAAAACAAAAGUUAGAGUCAUUGAUAGACUAUAAAAGAAGAAUUUCAGAUCCGCCCAAUAGAAAUACAAAGGUAUUAAUGUCAUGUAGGGAAGCAGUGUUUAAUGAAUGUUAAAAA